CCAUUUGCGUUCGUUGUCCGUGACGGUUCGGUUUCUAAGCAGCAGCAGCAGAAGCAGAAGCAACAGUAACGCCAACAACAGCAGCAGUAGUACUGGCAGCUGGCAUCCUGUUUGACUCCAGCCAGUGAGUGUAGCAGUAAAGUUCUAUUAUCUUGCCGCAGCAGUGUUGUGGUUUGUGUUGCAGUGUUUGGUACCAGUGCGAAAUUAUUUCCCCAUUUUUAGCGUAUACAACACAUACGGUGGGCGGUUAUUAUUAUUUUGCGAGAUACCAGGUGCUUUUGUAAUCGCCGGACGUAGUGAUCUGUUCAGUGAUUAGUUUUGAAAAAAAGAAAAGUUUGGUUUAUUGUAUUAAGAUCCCGAGGCAAAUGAGGUGGCGAAUCCGGCGAUGUUUGCCAAUGUGAAAUAACUGUAGAUGCGAAGAUUCGCCAGUGCCCUGAAUUGAUUGAUGGUCUCAGCGGUGUUGUUUUUUUGGCCAUUAAAAAGUAGUAAACCAACCGCAAAGUUGACAGUUUUAUCACGGGCAGCCCGGUGGGGAUUAGCGUGUUCUGUGUCAACACCCCGAAGUCAUAAAGAAUUAACGAUCAUUAGAGCGAGGUGCUUCUUUCACCUGUCCUCAUCGUCAGCUGGAUAUAAAUAAACACUUUAAGGUACGUCGUCACUGUGCCGAAGCAAGGCAAGCUUCUCCAUUCGGGUAGCCUGGGCAGAGGGACGCUAGGCGUCGACUUGUUCUGCCGCCGCGCUGCGCACCGUCACGCGGUGGAAAGAAAGAUGGCGCUCGAUGCAAAAGCAAUCAAGGAAGAAAUACCCGACAAGGACACAUAUGAAUCCAGCGCUCGCAAAGUCAAAGGUAAGGAACAAUGUCGAACGCCCGAUUCACCGGAAGGAGCCCGCGUGGUGACGCCACGUUCACCGAUUUCACCCCAGGUGUCACAGCAUCACAGCUCGCUAGUGCCCCAGCCGAGAUCUGGCGGCACCGGUACCGGAGCGUCAUCACAAGUCGUCACCGGUCGCAAUGGGAGCUCUUCACCGCCGGGGGAAACUCCGGCGACGCGGAUUCUCAACGGAAGUGUCACGGGUAACGGCAGUGGCGGAGGAGGUGGUGGCGGCGGUGGCGGUGGUGGUGGUGGCGCUGGUAGCCUAGGAUCAAUCACACCCCCACCGGCUAUCACUCCUGCUUCGGCAGCAGCAGUGGCAGCAGCCGCCGCAGCACAGCAGGACACGGCAAAGCUGCUAAAGAUUCGACGCUUCCUUGGCGCGCUCGUGCAAUUCGGACAGGAUACCAAUGUGGAUAUUGGCGACCGGGUGCGCUCGCUAGUGCUGUCGCUGGCGAGUGGCGGUCUCACGGUAGAUGAGUUUCAAAUAGCCGUCCAAGAGGCAACAAACUUCCCCCUUCGGUCGAACGUGGUUCCCUUCCUGAAAUCGCACGUCCCGGUUCUACAGAGGGAAAUUAAUAUUCUUUCGAGAGCCAGCAAACAGACUCCCUCCCAGUAUGUCCGAUCGAACGAGACCAGUGUGAUGGAAUACGUUCAGAACCUAGCCGAUACCGCCGACAUCUUCCUAUCGCACGAAGGAUUUGGCUCCUCGACACCGAUCCCGACACCUGCCAUCAACGGACUGAGCCUGAAACGACGCGCCUCCGAUAACUUAUACGAUACUCAUCCUGCGGGUCCGCCCGAAUGGGGCGAUUAUAUACUGCCGCCAUCGAAACGUCCACAUCCGUCGCUUCUGCUGGCAUCCGGGACACCACAGCUCUAUCCCACGCAUCCGGCACUGUUCGAGUACCAGAACGGGGCACUGCAUCCACAUUCCGACGGACUGCAUUCCAUUCACCGAGACGAUCGGGACUUGCGGGGACCGUCCAGCGAAGCCCACCGGCCAACAAGGAUUCCACCGGGUGGAGGCAGCGGUGGUGCUACUGGUGGUAGUAGCGGGGGUAGUGCCAGCAGCAUUGGAGCCGUUGCAUCUGCGAACAGUAUUGGCUCUGGUAACGCCGUCAGCAGUAUCGGCGCGGCUGCUGGAGGAACCAGCGGAGAGGAAGAGUGGAAAAACAUUCACACCAUGCUAACCUGCAUUUCGGCAAUGGUCGAAAAGACCAAACGCGCCAUCUCGAUCCUGCAACAGCGGGGCAUCGAAACGCACGCCCGCGACCAUCAAGAUAAUUCGAUAGCGGACAUGAAACGCCAGACGGAGGAGAAGAUUGCCGAGUUCCGGCGCAGUGCGGAAGAGUCUGUGAACCAGGUCAAACGUCAAGCAGUUAUUGAAAUUCAGCGGGCAGUGGCAGCCGCGGAAGCAAGAACCAUUGAAAUGUUCGCCCAGGAGAGGCUGAAGAUGGAGAAAAUGUUCACGGACAUUCACCGCGGGAACGCGGAUCCCGAUCCGGACGGCUCGACAGGGGGAAGCCAGAACGUUAGUACUCUUGCUUGCUGGAACUGCGGUCGGAAGGCGAACGAAACCUGUUCCGGGUGCAAUCUGGCCCGGUACUGCGGAUCAUUUUGCCAGCACAAGGACUGGGAUCAGCAUCAUCAGGUCUGCGGUACAUCCCGAGCGGAAAACGCCUUCCAAAAACACGCGGCCAGCGCAAGAGCGGCUUUAUCUUCCCGUUCCACGACUCCACAGCAGUCCCAAAGUAACAACAGUACAGCAAAUGGAACGACGGCCGCUGCAAAAUGACGGACUAAACCAUUGAAACCGAAAAAGAAGUAUCUAUGCUAGUCAAAUCGUUCAGCACCACACACAUACACCACAUACAGAAACACACACACACAAAGCUGUUCCUCUAUCAACAAGAUAGUCGAAAACAAACCAUUUCUUAUUUUGAGGUAGAACUUAGAAGCUGCAUCCUACUAGUACUAUUAAGUUGUGUACAACCGUAAGCUUACGACUGGGACCACAACGGCUCAGUCAGAUCGAUCGUUAUGAAAAUUCUGUUUCGAAUGGGGAGAAUAACGAAACAUGACCAUUUAAAUGCUAGCGAGCCUCAUUUUCGACGGUGAAUAGAUAUAUAGACUUUCAAAACAGUGCAAUAGCAAUUUUAGAUGUAAUAAAAACCGCCGACCGAUUGAUCAAACCUAGUUGAGAGCUAGUAAUUUUAAAUAAAAUAACUAGAUGUAAAGUUGAAACACGGAAAAAGCUUUUCUCUAGCAAGUUUGUCAAUUUACUCCUAGAACACAGCGUACUGCGAAAUAUCAGUCAGUAGAAAGCUGAUGGUGGUGGAAUAAUACACUCCCAGUAUUGCGUUUUUCAGACAUCUCCAACCAACCGGCAUUUACAAAGCACGUGUUCUCAGUCAUACUGCGCCGAAUCCUGGUCUGUGUCUCCCCAUCAUCAUCAAAAACCGAAAGCACGUGCUUGCUCUCUCUCUCUCUCUAUCUUGUGUUUGAGUAGAUUCACAUAAAUACUACAAUAGCCAAGUUGACGGUCAGUCAGUUAGUCAGUAGUUGUAAUAAAUCAGCACACGUACACGAAGUUUCCUUUCAUCACAAUAGUAGUAGAUACGUAGUUAUACUUUAAGACCAUGCACUUUAUGGGUACCAAAACAAAGUUGAAUCUUACAAAGAAACCACAAUUUUGAGGCUACUAAACCCUUAGACAGCGUCUCCAAAGAUUGAUAAGUGGUCUGUUUGUGUAACAUUAAGCUUUCGACUCUAGACGGUACGUAACAGAAAGAUCUACUCACCAGUUCACCCCUCUUAGUAAGGCAUCCAUGUAAGGACCUACCUAGUAGUUACUAUCGCAAGUUGUUGACUAAUUUAUUGCCCACUUAGUUGAUAUUGAUCUGAAAACCAAACCUGCGCAUGAUUUAAUCACACGCAUAAAAACGUACGACUGCAUUAGCGCGUGCAAUCCAAAGCAAAGAAAAACGUUCGAAUUGUGUAGAACAAAUUUCGAAUCUCUAGCGAAAGAGUCAGUAGAACAAAUAUAGAUCAUCUCUUACCCUACAGGACAAACGCGGAAUCCCAACGGUGGACUCACUGUAAAUAAAAUCGAAUUUAGACUCUCCCCCACCCAGUCGGGAUCGGGAUUAACAAGAAUAUUAGCAAGCACACACAUACACAUUCUCACUCACCCCACAACCUGCAUCCCGAAUCAAGCUAACUUAUGAAACUGAUUAACUCUUGCAAAAACUAGACAACAGAACAGAAAUAAAGUCUCAUUUGUUUGUACAACCGAAAAAA